AUGGUUUUUCCUGAUGAUUUUCCACCAGAAAUUACAAAAGGUGCGAAGAAAAGAAGCAGAAAGAGAAGAACGGUAAAGAGGAAAGACCUUGAAGAACUGAUUAGCGUAGCUACAAGAGCCGCUCAUGUUGCUAGAGACAAAGGGUUUUACGUCGCCUCUCCUGAAGCCAUACGAUGCGUCGAGAUUCUCAGAAUCAUGCGAAGCUUGCCUCUAACUCCUCGGCUUAUUACCAAAACUGAUGCCUUUCGUGCUCUUCUGUUCCUCGCCAAGAACGGUAACCCUAAAAUCCGGUCUGAGUCGAAAGCCGUUGUUGAUCACUGGAAGGGCAUUCUUGCCAACAACAAAACCAACAAAACCAGUUUAUCGAAGAGAUUCUCAAAGGGUUUUGCUUGGACAACAUGA